CAACAGGCUUGCGUUCAGGAAGUUGUCACGUGAGAAACGUGUGACGUAUGCGGAAGUUGGAGCCCCGGCAUGCACAGGCACUGAACACUGAAGAAUGUCAAUUUUUCCGAGAAUUUCUCUGAAGCCUGAAGUGACCGAUUAUCUCAAGAAUGUCUUCUUAAACAAGGAGGUUUUGUCUUCAGUUGGCCAUCAGGAGGCAGAGAGUCGUUUCCAAAGGCUGCUCACCUGCCUGUCUCACCCUCCUUCAUAUACGUGCGUUCGGGUCAGCACUCAUGUCGCUCCCCUGGAUGAGAUCAGACACAAGCUGGAAGAAGAGCUGAGAAAGCAGAUGUGCAGCUCGUCAGCAGAGGAGGUCUCUGUUCAGAUUCUUCCUCAUCCGUGUAUUCCAGAUGUGCUGCUCCUUCCUGUCGAUGGCCCGAGACCUGUGGAGAAGCUCAGCUCGGAGCUGGUGGUUGGUGCUCAGUGUGGCAGUGCUGUGCUGAGAGGCGCGCAUGUUUUCGCGCCGGGGAUCCUCGCCAGCCCAAAGUACAUGAAGGCUGGAGAUGCGGUGUCCGUCUACUCUGACGUGGAGGGAAAGUGCACCCGAGGAGCCAGCUUUCAGGGAAAGAAAGUGUUUGUGGGAAAUGGAGUCGCUCAAAAGGAUCGCUCGAGCAUCUUCUGCACGGACGAACCUGCCAAAGGAAUAGGUGUUCAGAUGGUGGAACCACUUUACCAGAGUCCUUCCUUUGACAACGUCCUACCCGGCCUGGUAUUCCUACAGAACCUUCCCUCUGUAGUUGUGGGACACGUGCUCAAUCCUCGCCCCGGAGAACGGAUCUUGGAUAUGUGUGCUGCACCUGGAGGGAAGACCUGCCACAUCGCUGCUCUCAUGGGAGAUCAGGGUGAGGUCAUCGCCUUGGACAGGAUCCGAAAUAAGAUUGAGAGAAUUCAUCAAAACGCCAAAACGUUACGUUUGCGUUCCAUCAAAGCGUAUUGCUUUGACAGCGCUAAAGCUGUAAGCAGCGACGCAGCUCAGGACGCUGAAGGACCUCCAUUCCCUCCUGAGAGUUUUGACCGGGUUUUGCUGGAUGCUCCCUGUAGCGGACUCGGACAGAGGCCCAACAUGGCGUGCACCUGGAGCCUGAAGGAGAUCUGCUCCUACCAGCCUCUGCAGCGCAAGUUAUUCCACGCUGCAGUGCGGUUGUUGAAGAGAGGCGGGGUUCUUGUGUACAGCACCUGCACGGUGACUCUAGCUGAGAACGAGGAGCAGGUAGCCUGGGCCCUCCAGACCUUUCCCUGUCUCACUCUGCAGCCGCAGGAGCCUCACCUCGGUGCAGAGGGCAUGCUGGGAGCCCGCCUGUCACCUGAGCAGCUGCGCCUCCUCCAGAGGUUCAGUCCAGAGCUGAGCUGGGAUCAGACGGAAACAGCAGCUCCCCUUCCCUGCAGAGCUGACAGAGACACCAUCGGCUUCUUUAUUGCAAAGUUCCUGAAAAACUGACCUGGCGGGCACGUUUUGUCUUACGGCAGCGCCAGGCCUCACACGGGACCUCAGACGGGAACAAUGGUGUUUAUAUUACGCCGCUGUGUGUGCUUUG